UUAGUUCAAGGGCAAUAUUGUAACUUCAAUAUAAGUUUGUGGGCUUUAUGUGGAGAUUUGCGGGCGAUGUUUAACAAUCCACUUUUAUAAACAUUAAAAAAGUAUCAUUUGAUGAUGUUACAUUUACUGUACUCAUUCUAUAUAGAAUUGGAUGUCAUAAUCACAAAAUAUCAACUAGUACUAAUUAUUAUAUCUUCACAAGAGAUUUCCAUCAAUUCAUACUCAAUUUUCCUUUUCUUUUUAACCAGAUUUUAUUUAUUUAUUUUUUCUACAUUUAAUUUGCUGUUUUUUUUCUAUGAAAUUAUUGGGUCACUUUUUAAUGAAAGAAGCAACAAACUUUUCAAGAUACUUUCAAAAUUAAAAUAAAAUAAAAUAAAAUGAAUUAAAAAAAAAACGGAUAAAUUUUUACAAGAAGGCAUAAAAUUCGUCUGGUUUAGUUUAUGGUAAUCAAUUUUCUCAAACAUCUGCUCACUCAUCAAUGGCGCGCACUGUAACUCAUCUCUUUCUCUCUCUAAAAACCCUCAAUUUCUCUAUCUAAAACCCACAAAUUCCCUUCCUCCCAACACAAAAAAAAAAAAAAAGAAAAAAAUAAAUCCAUGCAAAAUUCUCAAAAAUAAAAACCCCAACUUUUUUUUUCACUGAAUAUUCUGUUAAUUUCCUGAAUUUUCAGUGAAAUUUCUGAAAUUAAAGUAGUGAAAAUAUGAGAGGAAGAAGGCAUGCGAUGAGCUGGAGAAAAGUGGCGCAGUCUUCACAAGGGUUGGCUGCGCAUGGCUUGCUUUUCACUUUCACCCUUUUGCUUGUUCUCAAGCUUGAUCACCCUUCCUCUUUUUCUUGGUGGACUGUCUUUUUGCCCAUAUGGCUGUUUCAUGCUGUUGUUGCCCGUGGAAGGUUCUCUUUACCUGCCCCUUCAGUUCCACAUGAUCGUCAUUGGGCACCUUGUCAUGCUGUUGUGGCCGCACCAUUGAUCAUUGCAUUUGAAUUGCUCCUAUGCGUAUAUCUUGAGAGCCUUUCUGUUAAUGGUGCUGCCGCUGUGAGCCUGAAGAUUGUUUUCCUUCCUUUGUUGGCUUUUGAAACAAUUAUUCUAAUUGACAAUUUCAGAAUGUGCAGGGCUUUAAUGCCAGUAGAUGACGAAAGCUUAAAUGAUGACGCAAUAUGGGAGACACUUCCACAUUUCUGGGUCGCUAUCUCCAUGGUUUUCUUUCUUGCUGCAACAUUUUUCACCGCCUUAAAAAUAUCUGGGUUUGAUGAGAAAGGAAAUCAAGUAAAAGAUAAAAAGAGCCCAGGUGACAUUGGUUCACUGGGAUGGUGGGACUUAUUUAUCAAUUUUGGUAUUGCAGAGUGUUUUGCCUUUCUUGUUUGUACAAAAUGGUCCAAUCCUAUGAUACAUGGGAAUUCAUGCCCCACGGAGAAUACUGCAUCUUCAAGCUGUACUAGUGGGUUAGUUGUAUGCCCAGAUCAGGAUCAAAACCAGGAGAGCCUGUGUGGUUUGCCUGAUAUUGGUGGCCAUUUUAUGAAAAUACCAAUUAUUACUUUCCAAGUCUUCCUUUGCAUGCGCUUAGAGGGAACUCCUAGUGGUGCUAAAAAUAUCCCUUUUCCAGUUCUUUUUUCUCCUUUGUUCCUUUUACAAGGUGUUGGGGUUUUAUUUGCUAUGUCAAGACUGGUAGAGAAAAUCUAUCUCUUGCUGCGCAGUGAUGCUGGGCAAGGGCCAUAUUUUUAUUUGUCUGCAAAACUUGGUGAUUGUCUUGCAUUUAUGCAUCAUGGCUCAAGGCUAAUUGGCUGGUGGUCCAUUGAUGAGGGAAGUCAUGAAGAACGCGCAAAACUUUUGCUUGAAGGGGCUUCUGGGUGGCAAUGUGGCAUUCUGCUAGUAGAAUCCGGGCUUUGGGCUAGUUUGGGCUAGUGGGCUGCUUGAGCCAUGUGGAAGUCUCAAAGCAAGGAAGUUGAAGGCCUAGAGCCAAGCGGUGUGCGUGCUAGGCUUUUUUAUGUGAUGAAUGAAAGGAAAUGGAUAGUUCUAAGGGUAUUGUUAAUUUAAUUGGAUGGUACAAUGUAAAUAUUGUUUUCAUAUGGUGUAGUCUUCAAUCAAUAGGUUGCCUUAUGAGAUCAUGUCAUUUUAUUUGAACAUAAACUCGAAAGGAGCAUCUGGGACUUGAUUUCAGCUACUUCCAAAAAUUUAUGUUGAUGCUUUCCCUUGAUUGAAGUACCCAAGUCUCGCAUUGCUCCUGUAACUAAAUAACUUUCGCAUCCAGUCUUCAGGCUGGAUUUUUGAAGUGUCUUACUUUCCAUGUAAGUUGAUUUUUAGUCGCUUCUCUAUUAAGAAGGCUGCUUCCGCUGUCCACAGGCAUUCGAGAUCUGCUAGUUGCUACAUUAAUAAUUAUAUAUUCUGUACCAAAUCCUCCAUUCCAUAGUAGAUGUAUUGGUGUAUUGCCUUUUAUUUGGGAGAGGGUGGGGGUUUGAUUGCAAACAGUGCCCAUAGACUUGCGGAUAAAGUCAAAAGGCCAUUAUCAAUAAACUAGAGCAGAAAAUAUAAAGAUCAAUUAUUAUGAGAAUUUAUUUUUUAAAAUAGUUUAUUAGCUCCUCAAUCAAUCUUC